CAUAAGCCGAAGCCAGACGCUCCACUGAACCACCCAGGCGCUCCAUAACUUCAAGUGUAUUUUAUUCUUACUGAAAGCAUUUGUCUCCAGCACAGAGGUCAGAGAUCCAUAACAGCCGUCAUUUCUGCCUCAACACUUCCCUCCAUUGAGGAGUACCUGUGAGAGCCUUACCUCUCCCUUUGGGGACUGCUAACUAGCCUCCCCUAUUGUAGUAUUAACUAGUCAAGUAACUCGCUAAGUCAUUCAUUCAGUUAAUAUUUUACUAAGCAACUAUUGAACAUAAAUGAAUGGAACGAUUUUUGUCAAGUAGAUCACUGUAUAAUCAAAGAAAAAAAAGUAAACAGCUAAUUACACAGUAGAAGGUCAAUUGCUUUGAGAUAUGCAUAAGAUACUAUGGGGUCCUAUAAGUGGGGCAUUUGCUUGCCAGAGAGUCAGCACCUUCACUUGCCUCUGAGAGUGUUCUCUCAUGCUCCCACAACAUCAGAGGAUAUGUGCAUCCUGCUAAACCUCCCCUGCUCCCUCAUUUUCUCCUUUGCUUUUUAAGAAUCACCUCUCGGUUGCUUUAAGCCAGAACCGAGUGGAGCCUUUUAGCUUAUUCCUUUCAAAAGGAUGAUAAUCCCUGUCUCAAACACAUCUAAGCAAACUAAACUGAGGCUUUUCCUCAUACUAUUUCAUUAUUCAUACUGAAAUGGAAUAUUGGCAUAAAUUAAGUUAGGCAACACAUUGAAACACAGAAUACUUAAGCAAGUCUCAUUAAUGAGAAUACUCUUACCCCCUGAAAAUGUUUAACAGCCUUGUGUGCAUUAUUAGUAACAGCUAUUUAUUGAGUAAUUAGUAUGUGCCAGUCCCUGUUCUAAGAUAUUUAUAUGUAACUAUGAUUCCAUCCUCACUACAGCUCUUUUAGUAGUUGCCAUUGUUAUUCUAAUUUUACUGGUGAGAAAACUGAGGCACAGAGGAGGAAAUUUGCUCAAGGUCAAGUAGAUGAUAAAGCCAAAAUUCAGUCUCAGGAAGUCUGAUUCCAGAGUUUUCACUUUUAACAAGUUUACAUUCUCCUAAGUAGCAAGUAGCCAAAUUAAAAUUUAUCGUUAUACAACACUAAAAAGUAUUCACAUUUUCUCUGGUUAUGGGUUAAUAUUUAUUUUAAAAUAAAUGUUAACCAUGGUCAUUGUGUUUCCCUUCAAUUUGCAUGUGCUGGGGAAGUGAGUGGUGAUACGCAGUAUAAUGAAUUGACAGUGACCAUGUUAGAAAUAUAGAUCCUGCUUGUUUAUUUGUGACAAGUCAUGUGAUUCUCGACGGAUAAACCUGUUUAAACUGUUUAUGUGUUAAUAAUCUAAGCAAUUCUUAAAAAAUGGAUGCUACCAUCUUUGUAAUAUUUAAACCAGUCUCUGGCAAAGAACAGGAUACACAUUAGAGAAUGAAUCUCUGCUUAGUGCCCUGCUCCAUGAAAAAUCCCUUCUCUUUUCUUUUUCCUCUCUCCUUCAUUAACCUUCUCCUGUUAAGUCUUUUUCUGCUUCUGUCUUCAUGUAACAGCCAUUUUGUCUCAACACAAAUCCUCAAGUAGGCUUUAUUAAAACACUCACAUAUUGUUUCUUCAUCUGUAAAAUGAGGCAUUGGAUUAGAUGAUCUUAAAGUUCCCUAUGGGAAGACUGAUCUAUCUGUAUAUUUGAUGAUGAUCUCAUUUUAUUAAGAAAAAAAUAUAGUAAUCUAUAACCAAGACACAUUAUGACAGUCAUUGAUGUAGAACAUUUUUACCCAGAAUUUAAAGUCUGAUUUUAUUCAUUAUGGAUUUUUUAAAAUUCACUAAACAGCUUCAAAGAAAAAAAAAUAUUAGCUUUACUUUUUUGUGUGUGUGCAUAAUUUGCCUAUGUAAAAGGGGCUGUAUAAAUCUACCCAAUUUGAAGAUCUAAAUGCAUAAUCAAAGGGGUGUUUAUUGGAAAAUUUAUACUAAGUAACUGAUACCUUGGGAGUUUGAUUAAUUCAGGUCCCAAGAACAUGAUGACUAAAAUGCUAGAGACAAGUCCUUAUCCUUUUAAAAGGUACCCAAGUACAUCUUAUAUCUUCCCAAAUGUCCUUGACUCUUGAUUUUUAAAGCCCUAUUCAUCUCAACCACUUCCCUACUGUAGCAAACUGCAUCACACUAAACUCAUUCUCCUGUAUUUGUUAUGACACAGUAUAUUUGUUAUGGAGCAGUGUAGAUUAUUAGCUUUCAGUAUUAUAAUAAAUGCUAAGGGGGUUAAGGUACUUUUGUAUUAGGAUUUUAAAAAAUCCUUACAUGUUUUAUCUCUUCAGCGCUCAGUAUUUUAUUAUAAAGUUUGCAAAGUCAAAUGGGCCAAUCCCCAUUGAUCCUGGCUACCCAUUCUCCUGUACCUUGGGUUAUAUGAUAGCAGUUAUUCCGUAAGAAUUUACCAGAUGUUGUAGAGCUAAGGGGAGCUAGUUAAAAAGAAAACAUUCCCUGCUCUUUAGGAGCUUACAGAAAUAGGUGGGAUGCUGAUAAAUGAGAAUGUUAACAACUGCCUUCUGGGUUGUUGGAAGGGUUAAUAAGUGAGUAAAGAGUAACUGUAAUUAUAUGGUACUAUGAAAACGUGCACCACACUCAAAGCAAAGAUAUGCAUUCUGUUCUUCCGAAGAUAAGGUGUACAUAGUGUUAAAGCAAAUAAAACAAUGAGACAUGGGAGUAUGAAGGUAGAAUUUAUAUUGAUUGCUCUCCAUUCCAGAUAGUGAAACAUUGAAGCCCUGAGACCUUGAACUGCCUCGGGUCAGGACACAGCUAGUAGUGGUAGGAAAUGGAAAAACACAAUAUAUUGGGAUUCUCAUUAUUCAUGCUUCCCCCAAAUGUAUGUGUUUUUUGUUUGUUUGUUUUUGAGGUUUUGUGCGUGUGUGUGUGUGUGUGUGUGUGUGUGUGUGUGUGUAUUGUUUUUUUGCCUCCUGGUAGUUUGAAUGUCUUGGGAUAUAUUUCUUCAGUGCAAUAGUUGUAUUAAUCAUCAGAUUAUCAUUUGGUUAUUUUGUUAAAAAAUAGAGUUCUUUCUGGUUUUAAACCCACUGUCAAAUGAAUGUUCUGUGGUAACAAUAUGAAAAUAGCAAAAAAUAACCAUCUUUUACAUGUUCUGUCUUUGGAGUGUUAUCCUCAAAAGGAGAACUCAAUCUCUAUUUGGUUUUCAAAGGUACUGGAGAAUAGAGUCGCAUUUCUACCUAAUUUUCUCAGCUUUUCUGAUUUUCUGAUUGAUCUAGAAUCUCUUUUGGCCCUCCAGAACUUUAUUUCUUCAUCUAUAUCAGUGACCUAGUCUACAGAUCAUGUCAUGUUGAUUAUGAAGAUUAAUAGUUUGGUUGUUGAAAAGCCCAAUAGCUGAUAAGAAUUACAGAAAUUGAGGAGUCUUCCUUGGUCCUUUUUAAUGAUGCAGCUGCUAUAGAUUUUUUAUCAUGAGCUGGAGAAAGUAAUAAGCUGGGUGAUUUGGUCACACAAUAAUCAUUUUGUUCUUGGGCUUUUCUAGACUUCAGUUAUUGUUUUAAUACAUGUAUUUAAAAAUUCUUGAGUUUAGGUAUCAAGAAUUUUGGUUUAUCUUUUGGUUAAUCUUCAAAAAUCUGUUGUCUUUUGAAUAACUAAAGGAAAGUUACCUCAAGUGCUGGCGGAGGAUCUUUAAACCUUUUAUAGCAUAGUGUAUAUGCACCAAAUAUCAUAUAAGCAUGCCAAAUCAAUGGUCACUAAAAUUCACUCUACUGAUGAUUUAGGGAGAUAAAUGACUAGUAAUACAUUAUAUAUAAACAUUUAUUUUAAAGGGAAAGUAUGAUAGACUUGUCCUUCUUCAUAAAAUAUGCAAAUUUGUAUUAGAAAGAGUAUUUGCAUUCAGAAUCCAUACAACCUGUUAAAUGCCCUCAUGUACUCUCUUUGCCCUAUUUAUUUUCACUCAUGACUUGCUGUAGAUCAAAAAUUCUCUUAAGAAGUCUAGCAUCUCCAGGAUGUGUGGAUGACUCAGUUGGUUAAGUGUCUGACUUUGACUCAGGUCAUGACCUCGCUGUUUGUGAGUUCAAGCCCCACAUCAGGCUCUGUGCUGACAGCUCAGAGCCUGGAGCCUGCUGUUGAUUCUGUUUCUCCCUCUCUCUCUCUCUCUGCUCUCCCCCACUUAUGCUCACUGUCUCUCUCAAAAAUAGAUAAAUAAACUUAAAAAAAAAAGAAGUCUAGCAUCUCCAUAAAGAAUUUUGACAUAAAGUCUUAGGAUCCUAUUUUCCACUCCUCCUUGGACCUUUGGUGAUUUCAGGAAUGUGCCCAACAGUGGGGUCUUAAAGUUACCCUCUGUAUUAGUUUGUUCAUGGCUACUUUAACAAAUUACUUACAAAGUCGGUGACUUAAAACAUCAGAAAUAUAUUCUCUGAAAUUCUGGACCAGAAGUCCAAACUUAGUAUUGCUGGGCUGAAAUCAAGAUGCAUUUCUUCUGGAGGCUGUAGAGAAAAUGCAUAACCUUGUCUUUUUUAGCUUCUGGUGACUGCCAUCAUUUCUUGGCUUGUGGCUGCAUCCCUUCAGUCUCUGCUUCCACGGUCAUCUUGACUUGUCUUCUUGUAUCGGUGUGAAGUCUCCCUCUUAUAAGGUUACGUGUGAUUGCAUUUAGGGCCCAUCUAGAUAAUUUCCCCAUCACAAAAUCCUUAAUUACAUCUGCAAAGUUCUAUUUUUCUAUAUAAGGUUAACAGUCAUAGGUUUCAGGGAGAGUAUGUGGGUACCAUUGGGUGGGGGAGUGCACAUCAUCUUGUGUGCCUACUUUCUAUCUCCUGCUUUGUUUCCCUUCUCAUUUCUACCAGCAUCCUUAGCCAGACCAAGAAAGUACAAGAGGUAUCCAAAGACUUUACUUUCCUGGCCACCCAUACUUUAGACUUUAGAUGGAACAAUUGGACAAGUAAUAUGAUAGAUCCAAGUAUUAAUACUUUAUAGGAUUGGAUAAGACUAGGUCCAUGAGCAGUGGUGUGCAGAUUUGUAUAUUUUCUUUGGCCCUAUUCACAUAAUUUCCAUCUUAAUCCUAAAGACACUUGCCUGAAGAGACCCAGUUCUGCCUUCCUCAGUGUUAACCUUCCUCCAUCAUUUUGCCUAAGGCAAGGACAUCCCAACAGCUCAAUCAAAUGUCAAUUCCCUGUCACACUCCAUUCAGGAAAACUGUAUGCUGUAGCAAUGGGUCUUGAGUGUUUAUUCUUAUGCUACAUAAUGAAGAGGGACAUUGCAGAAAGGUGGCUAUGGGGAAAACAUCUGGAAGAAAUAAAUUUCCUAGGAUCAAAGGGCUCCGUGUACAGCCCAGAGGGUCCUCAGGGUGCUCCUCAGAGCAAACAAACAAUUCUCUUGAUGAGUCACCGCAAUUUUUUUCUGCCAAAAGCCCACAUGUGUUGCAAGAUCUCAAGGAAAAGGGGUGGAGUAAGGAGAGAGAAGGAAAAUUAAAGAAGGCAAUGCAAGUGAUUUUUAAAAGAAUUUAACCAUAUGAAUGAAAGAAACCCUCAACACUGUAUCACUUAUUUUGCUGCAGAGUAAAAUGAAGUAUAACAAAAUAUUUUUUUAAACACACACAAAAAACCAGCAGGGCAAAAAAGGAUGUUGGGGAAGAAUACGGCACUCUGAAACAACAUAUUUUUUUGCUCUAAUGCAUGAAAACUGGCAGAGGAGGGUGAAGCCCAGGACUAUGUCCCAAACCCUAGCCAGUGGCAUUUUACUGAGGAAAAAAAGUUACUUAUGAAUCAGUACAGCCAUGCUUUGUUCUGCAUGAGUGUUUUAAUAGAGCGAGUGUAAUAUAAGGAUCAGGUGGGCUCGUGGGAAUGGAACAAAAGGUUUUGUAAAAUUAAAGCAAAAUAAUUAUAGCUCUAGGUGCAAAGCGAGCAUACUCCAGCAGUUGAUAGCAAGGACCUGCUCAGAAUGGAGAAGGGAGGGGGCAUGCUGGAAGUUUUUUCCUUUUUUUUUAUUCACUAACAAAGGCUUUUAAUAGGUAACAGUUGUAAAGCAUCUUUGAAAGUAAUUAAUGCACCCACACAAAAAUUUAUUAAAAUGAAAAUUUAAGGAAUUGUCUAAAGUGAAUUAAUUAACAAAAAAAGAACAUCAUGCCUUUCUUAUUUUUUAAAGAAGGAGAGAAGGUUAAGCAAAGCAGAUUUUUGUGAGAUUGGAUUUUAAAAUGUUCCUGGUUUAUUUAGUAUCUGAAUAGCCCUAAAAAAAGAGAGAGAGAGAGAGAGUUGGCAGGAUUUAUUAUCCAUCCCCUUUAGAAAUACUAAAUUGGGACAGACAUAAAAUGGGUAUUAAUUUGCUGUGUGUGAGGCUCAAAGUCCCUCAAAAUUAUGAUAUUUUCCGGUAAAAUGACCAAAGUUUUUAAAUAAGUUUUCAGAGGUCUGUAGGAAGCAGAAUGUAGUGUUCACAAGAGGAGAAAGGUGAGUGUCUUUUUCUCCAGUGGCCUUCUCCAUUCUGCACUGCUCUUAACCAGGCCAUAUCAAGGCUAUAUCAAGUAUAGUAGAACUAUACUUCCUGUUCUGGCCUCAUAAUACAAAAGAAUACAAAAGAAAAGCUGCACAGUGUGUCAUUAGUAAUUUUUAGUGUAUUUUCUGUCUCUACAGAAAAAACAAUUAACUGCAUUUAUCCUGUUUCAACAAGAAUUUUUAAUCACUAUAUUUGUAUUUCCUCCUAUUUUCUUUGGUAUUAUUUCAUACUGUGAUAUAAUUAUAAAGUAGGAUAUGUACAACCUGCUGAGAAUUUACCCUUUACCAUGAGAAUCAUUUCUAGUUGAUUACAAAAGUAUCCAUUUUCAGCAUGUUGUUGUUAUACCUCAAAGAGUUUUAGGUUAUGAACUUGAGUAAAUCUUCCAAAGUCAAGUUCUAAACCUUCCAUGCUUAAAAAAAUCAUUGGAAGUUAUUGCCUUUCUUCCAGUAUUGUUAUAUUCUGUUGAAGCCAGAAUCUGGCUGUAUAAAAAUGUGAAUAAGAAAGAAAAUUAAUUUUGGAAGUUACUUUGAAAAAUAGCUCUGGUGAUGCCAUAUAAAAAUACAUAAUUGUAGGUUAGAAAAUAAUUUCCUUUAAAGAUACAGUUUUAAGACAACUCAUACAGCACACCCUAGUAUACAUAUGAUCUUUGAAUUUUAGGUAUGCUUGCUUGGAUUUCCUUUACCUUCUUUUAAAUGUCUCUUAAAUGACCAUUAUCAUCAUGUCUUUAUAAACCUGUGACUAUUCUAAGAUUUUUCUUUUUCUUUUGAAAAAGACAGGGAAUUUAAUUGGUGUGAGUAAUGUUACAUUAGUAGGAUAGUAUUCUUGCCUGUGAGGAAAAAGCAUAUUUGUGAAGCUUCUUGGUGAGGACACUGCACUAAGCAGAUAGACAGUCUUAUGAUCUUUGUCCUUCAGUCCUGUGUCAUUUCACUUUCUCUAGGGAUGUGACUAUAAAAAAGAAAAUCAAGGGAAAAAAUGUGUUUGUAGUAUACCAAGAACCUACUAUGUUCAUAAUAGUGGUUCCUGUUCCAGCUCUUCACCAUAUAAUUUUAAACUAUUAUAUCUAUUGGCCAUAGAAUUGGAAUGGUAUAUUACUUGUCUUUUGCCUCUAUAACAAAUGACCAUGAAUUUAGCAGCUGAUAACACCACAAAUUUAUUAUUUCAUAGUUCUGUGGAUCAGACUUUUGGGUUGGCUCAACAGAUUUCUCUCCUCCAGUUUUCACAAGAUGAAAAUUAGGUGUCAGAUGGCUGGUUUCUUAACUGGAAGCUCUGGGAAGAAUCUGCUUCCAAGCUUAUUCCAUUCCUUGUGGUAGUGGAACUAUGGUGCCCAUCUCUUUAUGACCUGAGGAGGACAUUCUUAGCCUUUUGCACACAGGUCCCUGCAUCUCAGUGCCAGCAAGAGUGCCUCAAAUCAUUAUCACACUUGGAAUCUCUCUAACUUCCCCUUUACCUCAUCUUUUUUUUCAAGUUCCAGCCAGAAAAAAUAUUCUCUGCUUGUAAGGUAAUUAGAUUGGACUCAUCUGGAUUACCUAGGAUAUUAUCCCUAUUUUAAGGUCCACGAUCUUAAUUAUAUCUACACAGUCCCUUUUCCAUGUAGCAUAACAUUUUUCCAUGUUCUGGAGGUUCUGGAUAUUAGAGCAUGGGCACUUUUGGGGUGCAAUUAUUUAGCCUACUAUAGAUGAAUUCUAGAGGAAUAGAUCACCUCUAUUAUAUAUUUCUAGAUUAUUCUGAGUAUUCUUUUUUUGAUGUAGAAGUAGAAGAAAAGACUUGAUAUGAAUACUUACAAAAUCUGUCAGUACAUUUUCUCCUAACAAACAUUGAUCAUUAUAUAUCUUAUUGAAUUUGGUUAAAGUUGUUUUUUUUUUUUUUUUCUCACCUGAUACAUAGAAUAAUGAGGGCACAGGAAACCAAGCUGAUCAUUAGGACCUGAGCUAGACUGGAGGUUUUUUUGGCUUAUGGUCCAGGUUUUAUUCAUCAGCACUCUUUUAUUCUCCAUGGUAGAACCAUAGUGGUAGUCCAGCUGGGAAAGGGUAGCCAAAAGAAGUCAACAUUGAGUGAACCAGAAAUGGGGUUGCUGAAAUAUUAGUAAAGAUGAUUUACCUGGAGGGCUGGAAUACAUGCAGUUAUAACUUGCCAUGAAAUAGGAAAAUAUCAAGUCUCUUCCUGGUAUCUAAGAAUGUGUGCUCUGGUAAGUGUAGGCAUGGCACAAGGCAAAGUGAAAUUAGUCAGAUAGAUGGCAGCAUUUCAAUUCAGGGGUUGGCAGGUUGGGCUAAGGACACAGUGGUAGGAAUCCAAGUUGAAUAAGGACCCCAGUUUAUAGUUGGAAUUAAAGAGGAAGGUUCUAGCACCCCAGGGAAAAGGGACCAGAAAUAAAUCUUUUGGUAAGGUUGAAGGAAGGGCUAAAAAGAUCAAAAGGAAACAAGGUCAAGGGAGAUAAGGGAGAGUAACUGGAGAUAAGGUUCAUCUACACUUCACAGUUUUGCUCCAGGUGGGUCCUGAAUUCUAGGAUGUAAGAAAGAUGUAUAAAUGUAUAAAUUGUUUGUCAAUAUGCCACCACUGAAUGCAAGAUUAAUAAUAAUGAAGUGCAAGUUUAACUUGAUAGUAUUGUUUUCUAAUAGGAUGAAUAAAUAAAUACACAUUAGUUUCCACACACAUAUGCAUGGACGUACACAUACACAUGUCAGUUGUAGAGACUUUCCAUAAUAUACUCAAUAUACAUUUAAAUAUAUCUACCUGCACCUCUAAAACAGCUAAUAUACUUUCUGUUUCACUCUACUGCAUCCACCAAAUCCUGGUGUGGGACACAAAUGUCAUGGAUAUGAACUCAUUUGAGGGUAUAAAGCAUUUUCCUCAUUUUCAAAGUAAGGCGACAUUAAGUUCCUAACACAUAAGUUAUGUGUGAUGAACAUAUCUUGAGUGAAAUAUAGGACAGCAGAAAAAUCCAAAUACUGGGGUUGUAAGUCUUUGCUUUGCCACAUGUUACAUAUAUGAUAUUAAACAUGUCAUUUAAUCAUUUAUAACCUCAGUUUCCUCACUUAUAAGAUAAAGAUAACUCUCCUAUUUACUUUCCAAUGUUGGUACUCAAGUCAGAUGAGUUAAAGAUACCCUAAGGCAUUUAAAGAUUAUGAAAUACUAUGAAAAUUAUUAUGUUUUAAACAAAUGUAAACAAUCCUCACUAUUACAGUUAUGGCAUGGUCUUUGUCUUCAAAUAUGUACAGUCUAAUUAAAAUGUUAAAAUUAGUUUAUUAUUCCUUUUUUUUUUUUCAUUUUCAUUACCAGGUCUUCUUCAUGUCAUUUCUUAUGUGUCUGAUGAGUUGCUAUUCCCAAUAUUAAGUAGCACUGGUUUUCAAUGCUAUUGUAUAUGUUAGAGCUAAUAUUCAAAAUCAGAACAGUAUUACAUGUCAGUGCAUUACCAAAGGCAAUUAACAGGAAGAAUGUAAAAUUAAUGAUUAAAAAUAUACAGAAUCACUAUAACAUUAUAGAUGUUUCUCUAUAUUUAUCUUUAUUUUUGUUAAAUAGUCCAUUACUGAAGUCAUAAUUUUCUCUGUUCUAAGUUCCAAAAAUAAUGAAAACAAUCAAAAGCUUAAAAGUUGACUUGGGGACAAGGGACAUCCUUUUUAUGGAUGUGUUCGUUGGUUGGUUUGGUUCAUUUUAUUUCCCAUUUCUCCAUGUCCCUAUCCUCACCUAUUUAUUUUGGCUUGGUCCUGAUUCUAGAGCUAAUAGAUCUUUACAUUGAAGUAAUGGAUGAUUGGAAUGCAGGGAUCAGUUCAGAAUUUAUAUGAACCCUUUGAAAAUGUAUGCAAAUGUACUUUAUAAGUAUGUAUAUGAAUAUGUUUAUGUAUACUUUAUAUGCAUUUGUAAAUAUGUCCUUUCUUUCUCCCUUGGAGAGGAUCAUAACUUUUUUAUUCUCAAAAGGGCACAUGAGCUUAAAAACACUUGGACCCAGUGCAUUUCAAAUUCUGUACCUAAGGGAACAUUACUUGAAGAGAAAUUUUCAUCCUCCACUGCCUUUUCAACUAUUCCAGUUGUGUCUCAAACAUUUGGAUCAUGUAGGUAGUGAGGAAGGAAGAUUAGAGGGCCAGCCUCUAAGAAAGGGAUGAGAGUACCUCUAUUAGUGACUUUCUCUCUUUCUUUCCUUCUUUUCCACUUUAUUACUUUCUUGCUUUUAUGCUCAAUCACUCAAUCAUUUUCCCUCCCUUCAUUCCUCCUUCCCUCCCCCACUACUUUCCCUCCCUCCCUCCUUCCUUCCUUCCUUCCUUCCUUCCUUCCUUCCUUCCUUCCUUCCUUCCUCUUCCUUCCUUCCUUCCCCUUUCUCUUUUCAAUUACUUCUCUUCAGAGGAGAAAGUUUGAGUAAGCACUACUUUGAGUAAGGGCCAAAAACAUUUUUUUUAAUGCUAUAACAUUAUCCCUUUCCUCAUCCCCUUCUCAUUUAUUUUCCCAUUGGUGUGAAUUUAUUCAUUUUACUAUCAUCUCAGUUUGGAGAGCAUUCUUUCCUAUCCACCAGAAGUAGUGAAUCUCUCCAAAAGGCAUUUCUAUAGCAGAAAGCAUUCAGAAAUCAGUAGAAAGAAAAGGUAAUACCCACAUAAAAAAUAUCCCUCACCUUCCUUUUCAACAUUUUCAUUCCCUAUUUGAACAUAAUUACCUAAGCUUAAAAUUUCCCCCAAUGGAAAAAAUAAAAUAAAACAAAUAAUUAAUUGAUGUGUGAAUUGUUUAACAUAGAAAAUAGAUGAAAUUAAACUGUAAUUCUUCUAUUUAAUGAUAUAAUUGACUUAUUUUUGAGAUGUAGAUAGGGACAGCUCCAGCUUCUAUGAAGAAAAGAAAAAGAUUACAGUUUUGACCAUCCUGAGUAACAACUUUCUAUUACCAUAAAGAGUGAAUAGCUCUCUUCACUUUUUCAUUUCAUCCAACAUCUCUGUACCAUCAUUAAUUUUUUUUUAGAGAGAAUGAGCUUGGGAAAGAAAGAAAAAGAUGAUUGUUAUUAUGGAUUUCUGUUGGCAGUUGAAAAUGUUGCUGUGCAGAGUUUUCCCUGUACCCUGUUCUUGUAGGAUUUGAAUUUUCCAGUUGGAUUGACUUGGCUGUCAAAAAGUCAAGUUGAUUUUUCUUUCCCAGAUUAAGUUGAUAAUUGGCUGAAUAAAAUGUUAAGAACAAUUAGCAGAGGUAGGAUUUUAAAGCUUUUUAACACAACAAACAAACUUUAUGGUCCUAUUUUAUCCUUGUUUAUUUUUUAUUUUUAUUUUUUGUAACUUCUCCAGGGAACACUGUAGAAAGUUAUAGCUUCCUGUCCAUGAAGUAUUUUAUUUCUUCCUUGACCUACCUGCCAUAACUGCUUAGUUUAUGCUUAAAGAAAAAAAAAGUUUCCAUUCCACAACUGAAUCCUUUUAAAGAAAAAUCAAGGUACAGUCUUUCUUAUUCACACAAAAGCAUUCAGAGCACUAGUGUUAAAGAAAGCUUAAUUCUUGGACUAGAUGUUUUUAACUUUCUUCCUGUUCAGAAUACAGAAUUACUACUAUCUCUUGUCUUUGUUACCACCUGCAGGACUUUUUAUCAUUUUCUGUGCCCAUUUUAGAUUGUUUUAGUCUCAAUACCAGCUAGCCUUCUUUCAUAUUUUCUUUAUGAUUGUUUCCACUUUUCCUUCGCCUCAGUUUCCUUAUUUUCCCCCAUUUUCCCCCAUACUUAGAAAUGUGUGUAGCUUCUUAUCUGCAUGAAUACUUGUUAAUUUCAACCUAAACUCAAAUUCCAUUUCUUAAUAGUUCCCUUCUAUGUAGGCAGCCUCUUCUGUACUGAUAACUUCUUGUGGUAACCAUCCCACCCUCAUUAGGCUAUGUAUUUUAAAUGAAUAAAAAAAAAUAAGUUUGUAUUUAUCAACCUGGCUAGUAGAAAUGCUCAUUAGAGGCUGGGGAGUCUUUCUUUGGUGUCUUCUAUGGAGUGCACGUUGCUUUGUCUUUUUAGUGAAGGUGGCAACAUUUUAUUGAAUUAGCAAAAGUUAAAAACUGUAUGUUCCAUGUAUAUUAGUCUCUCGAUGCCACUCAAACAUUAAGUGAUUUAUUUAUUUAAAGCAUAUUAAUGACAUUUCUCUUUGCCGUCAAUCUUCUAUUUUUCAAUCUUCUUAAACAAAGUGUUCAGAGCAUGGUUUAAUAUUUACAUCACGAUUCCUCAAUCAUCAUCAUUGUACUAGUUCCCUAGGGCUGCUAAAAUAAAAUACCACAAACUGGGUGUCUCAAACAACAGAACUGUAUUGUGUCUGAGUCGUGGUGGCUGAAAGACCAAGAUGAAGCUGUCAGCAGGGUUGGUUCCUUCUGAGGGCUGGGAGAGAGAAUCUGUCCAGUGCCUCACACCGAACUUCUGAUGGUUUGCUGGCAAUCUUUGGUUUUCUUUGGUGUGUAGAAGCAUCUCCCUGAUUUCUGCCUUUAUCUUCUUAUAGUGUUCUCCCUUUGUGUGUGUCUAUAUCCAAAUCCCCCCUUUUUAUAAGGACAUCAGUCAUAUUGAAUUAGGAGACUACCCUUCUCCCAUAUGACAUCAUCUUAACUAAUUACAUCUGUAAUGACCCUGUUUCCAAAUAAGUUCACAUUCUAAGGUACUGGGGAUUAUAACUUUAACAUAGCGAUUUUGAAGGGACACAAUUCAACCCAUGACAGUUAGGAACAUUAUUUUUUAUGUAUCAAGUUCUAUCACAUUGGUUUUUGAGAGACUCAAUUAUAAACAUGUUUGCAAGGUGUACAUAGCUCUCAGCCUUGGAUACUUCAUCCCUCCCCUCCUCUCUCUGUUUCCUCUUCAUUCAGAGAUACAGAGGGGUUAUUGCUUACAGUUACCAUUGUGCUUUCUUCUGGAAGUGUCCCAUUUUCCCAUUGAACAUGAAUGGAGAGUCCCAAGAAUUGUUACUGUGUAUUAAAGAAUGUAUUGGUUCUAAAUUAAAGUCUCACUGAUGUGUAAAGAGGAAUUUGGGCAACAGUGUAUAUUUUAUAACAUCUUUUUAAGUUUUCAAGGGCUCUAUUUUCCUUUUCUGGGUUCUCUACCAUGUUAAAUGGAGACAGGCCUAUAAGUGAAUAUGAGCUUGCUGGAUAACUGAGGUAUGAAUGUAUAAUUUUCUCCUGAUACAUAUGUAAACUAAAGAAAUAUAGCUGAUAGGGGUACCUGAGGGGCUCAGUUGGUUAAGCGUCUGACUUUGGCUCAGCUCAUGAUCUCACAGUCUGUGAGUUUGAGCCCUGCAUCAGGCUCUCUGCUGAUAGCUCAGAGCCUGGAGCCUGCCUCAGAUUCUGUGUCUCCCUCUCUGCCCUUUUCCUACUCGUGUUCUAUAUCUCUCUCUCAAAAAUAAAUAAACAUUUAAAAAAAUGUUUUUAAUAUAUAGGUGAUAAAAAUAUUGGAAGUUGAAUUAUUUUGACUGCUAGUUGCCCAAGAGUUUACCCACUAAUGUAGGAGAAUCCGAGUUCUCCUUAGAAUCCUAUAAGGUGUGAAAUCUGACUAGAAAGAAAUUAUGCUUUUUUGUGAUGUGUAUAGGAUCUAUCCUACUGAGAACGUUCAAUAAACCUGUUACUAGCACAGCAUCGUGUUGAAAUCAAACGCCGUGAGUGGGUAAGGAAAUGUGCACAUUCAGCUUUUAGCAGGUAGUCGUCCCACACCCCCAGGUGCAGACCUACCGGGAGCGGCCCCUGGGGUUCCCAAGGUACCAUGCCAUUGAGCUACCCUCUACGGCAGGCUCCGGUUUUGGCAGGCAUAGCAAGAUCGGCUCUUUGAUCCUUGGAGUGGGUCCUGCCACAGUGAGUGACUCUGUCUUACCCCUCCCUUUGGUCAUCACUGCGCCCACCUGGCACUGUAGGACACAAAAUGAGAGGUGGGAGGGGGUUGUAAGGGGACACUUCAGGAACACAGCUCUGCCAAGUAGCAAAAGCUGCUUAAACAGUUCUGGUUCUCCAAGCACAUGUAUAACAUUUCUGCCAACCCAUCAGUGAAUACAUUUUAUCUUCUAUAUCAUUCACCAGUCUGCUAAAAAUCGCUUUCCUUGAUUCUGUUUUCUCAUUCCUGGGGUCUUGGAUCUAUCAUAAAAUGUGGCCACACAAAUAAAAGGUUCCUCCCUAUCUUUUCAUAGGCUUGUUUCAUAAGUAUCUGGAAACAUUUACUUCAUUGUAUGCCUCAGUAUUUUGAAAUAAAUUCUCUACUAUAUUUGAAAAUCACUUUUAGUGGCUUGACGAUAUUGGCCAAAACGUAGACAUUGUAUGAAAUUUUUGCUGAAAGUUUUAAUAGAUUAUGAGACCAUUUCUCCAUUUCAAGACACUGUUUGAUGGACAAUGUAAACAUGACUACCCAUUUUAUAGCUGAAAAAGUAGAGACACUGAGGUGCUAAAUAUGUUGUUUAAGAUUGUGCAGGGUGUUAAGUGUCUGCCGAUUUGAUACUGGUAGUAUCAUUCAGAUAUUAUGAAGUUUAGGGUUUUAGCUCAUGCUCUAUGGGAUGAUCAAAAUAUUGGGUCCACAUUGUCCUCUUAAUGUCAUUCAGGCAAUAUAGAUAAGAAGACAAAAAAUUGAGACAUAGGAGGAUAUUAAAUGGCUUUUAGCAAAUCACAUAGCAAGGUCACAGGAAAGCUGAUAAGAUCUCAGACUCCUUCACUCUGAACUAGCCAUGACUAGUUUUCUGACAAGAAACAUUUUUCUCCUUCAGGGAAUCCCAAUUUUCACAUUUGUGAAGGUUGGAGAUUUUCGUUGAGGAAGCAAUGCCUCCAGGCACUAGAAACUUUUGAAAAACUUUAAGGUUUUUAACCUCAACUUAGUAAGCCAAAUAUAUUGAUCAACAUUUAACAGUUACAGAAUGUUAGAAUUCUAAAAUUCUUUGUUUAGACAGAAAUUUCAAUUUGAAACAAAGUAAAUCAUCUUCCCCCUCCUUCAUUAUCUAAUUGUCACUUUGUAAAACAUUUAAGAAUUCGGUAUUUAUAUACAUAUGCAAAAAUGUAUACAUUUGUAAAGUAUUAAGUAUAUGGGAUUUAUUUGGGAAAAGUUUAUACAAAUAGCAUCUACUUUGAAAUGUUUCUGUAAUAACUUCUGCUUGUCGUCAUUUUCAACAAAAAGAUUAAAUUUCCCUUUAUAAGGCCGAAGACUCAAGCAGUUCAUAAAGAAGGAGGGAACCAACCAGGCCAAAAUUCAUUGUCAUUGUUACCACUAAAGUCAUUGUUACCAGUCUAGGGAAAGAGCACAUGAAGUAAUCUUCUAUACUUUAACUCCCUAUCAGUUAGGAUUUCCAGCUGAGAAAUGAGCAGAUUCUAGAAAGCUCUGGCUGCCCAGGUGAGUAUGGUGCAGGCAUUCCCUAUGCUCACUAACUCAUCUGCUAGUUUUCCCAUACAAACUUGAUCUCGGCCAGAGGCCAUAGGGUAAGGACCAAUUAUGCAGGAUCUAGCAAGUCCUUUAUCCCAAAGAAAUACCCAAAGGAGAAACUUUACAUACAUUUUCAAGUAAAUGAGACGAGCCUGUGUGAAGCCCCUCCAAUGACUCCUCCAUGAAGAAAUACCGCAUUUCACCUAGAACCAGCUUUAUCACCAUCAAUAAAUGUGUGUGGAACAUAACAAUAAUAUUUGCUCCAAUAGUCAGAAACUGGAGAUGACCGAACUUAAUCAAGGUCCAAGAGAAGAAAGUAUGUGGAGAGGGCAUCAGAGUGCCUGGAGUUGGAGAACACUGGUUGUUGGCUGGUGGUUGGUUAAGUUAGCAACGUCGGGUUAUCUGAGGAGAGCGUGUGAUUGUGCUGAGGAGUGGCUUCCCCAGUGAAUCCCAAAGAAGCUUUUCCAUCUCCAUUAAAUAAGAUGUAAUAUUUAUUGUAUUAUUCACUUGGAAACGUAGGAAUUUUUUUCUAUUAUUAACUGGUAAAUUCCCAUGUCUUCUAUUUUGUCUGUCAGCUGUUUUCUUAAACACAACCAUUUGGCUAUAUUAUAAACAUUCUCAAAGGAUAUUCUGCCAGAUUACCAACUCCAAUUUGCAUUAGCUAAGACUUAUUUACAUUUAUUGUCUAAGGCAGGCUUAGAUAGUCCAGAAAUAGUAUGUCUAAGUUGUAUCUGAUAAGCUUUAACUUUGGAUACUUAAAAUGCCAUGUAUUGUGCACCUUUUAGGACCUAGUUUCUAUAUGGUGCACCUUAUGUACACCAUGUCCUUUAAUUUUCUCAAGACACCGUUUUAGAGAUGAGAAAACGGAGCCCCAGACAACCUACUUCAUUUGACGGAGGACACAAAGCUAGUAAGUGGCCAAGCUAGGAUUAAAACGUAAGCCAUUCUGACUUAAAGUCCUCUUCUCCUCUUUUAAAAUCACUCACUCAUUCUGCUUCUAAAAGUGGACAAGUUUCUGCAUUAUCUUCUACAAGUCUGUGGAGUUUUAAUAAGGGAGAAGGGGGCUGUUGUGGCAUAUGGCUUUUGGUGCUAGUUUUUAUCACCUAAAACAUUCGAGCUUGUUGUCAGUUAAUCUCUCAGUGCAGCCUACUACCUUGUUGAUACCCUAAACACUACUUUCCAGUCUUAUUUUGUGAGACAUGCCUCUCAGUAGUUACAGUUUAGUUUAAUUCUCAAAUUAACCUAAAACCACCUUAAUUUUGCUAGAACAAAAAUAAUAACAUAAACACAUGUGUGACUAUGUAACUAUAAAGUAAUGGAGCUGAUCUUCGGUGGGUAUUAGUGACACUGGUCUCAUAUUUAGAAUGAAUCCACAUAGUGCACAUCCAGAUUCGCUACCUGUAAGUUUCAUAAUCUGUUAAACGUAGAUGGUACUAGGACCUACUUCAUAAUAACAUUGUGAAGGUUAAAUAAGAUAAUAUAUCCAAAGUUCUAGGAGCUCCAUAAAUAUCUAUUGAAUGGAUGAAUACAUGCUAUCAGUUCUUUAAACUGACUAUGUGUUACUGAUCUUUGGCAAAUGCAGUAUUCUGGCUACUGCCUCACAUUUUGAAUUUAAUAUAAAACAAAAUGUUCAAUGUCAUUAAGAAUCGUACACAAUUUGCAGAAGCACUUAUUGAUUCUGAAAGAGCCUUUUUGGGGAGUUGGGAGUAUCAUUUCUUUUCCUCAAGAUUUUUAUCCUUAGUACAGUAUGGCCUGCCUUUUGUGACUAGAGUUGUAUGUGUGACCACCAAGUGGAUAUAGAUUUUCCCCUCUCUUUAAUAGUCAUGUAGAUAUGAUUUAUCUUAUGGUACAAUGAAAACAGAAGCUGUCCAAGUAUGUACAGUAAAAGAAGAUAAAUGGCCUGGACGAAACAAAAAGGCAGUGUGUGUCACGAAUGCUUCCUACUUGUCUGACCCAACGGAAACUCACUGAAAGUAACACAUUAAAAGUAAGAAAGACAUGUAUUGUCACUAUUUGUCCCAGUCCUGGAGAUGCUGCAUACUUAUCCGAUGACGUCAAGAUAUUAUAGUUUGCAGGAGCUUUUUUUCCUUUGUUAAUUUAUUUUUAAGUCCUGAAAUGUUUGCUGUUAUGGAUCUGAAAUUACCAUGCUUUAAAUACCACAGUUUCUAACUGGUCAUCUAAUUCUAGUAAGAGUUUUAGAAAGGGUUCAAAGGUUUGCCUCUCCCUAGAAUAUUCUUCCUACCAGUGAUAUUCCCACUCUUCCAUUAGGAAUAGUCCAUAUAUUACUUCUAGGAGCUCUGUUUCCUACUUUUAUGCAUAUUUGUAUCACUGCUCUCGCUAUAUUGUAUUAUUCUGUUUUCACAUUAGCUAUGUAUUUUUGCUUUUAGAGUCUGGUGACUAAAUUGUAAGUUUCUUGAAGACAAAGCCUGUGUUAUUAUUAUUUUUUUAAUAUCUACAUAUCCAGUAUUACUACUUAGUUGUCCCUAGCAUAAAGUAGGUGUUCAAUAAAUAUGCAUCCAAUAAAUUAAUGAACUUGCAAUGACACACAUACACACACAUUAGAUUAGGGUCACGAAUAAAAUUUCCUAUGUCUUUGCAUGUUUUUCAACUGCUUAUGAAUGUUUUAACUUGCUUAUGAAGAGAUUGAUAUGUUUCUGAGUGUUCUAGUCACGUUGGGGGAAAUUUUCUAAUCUUUGGGGGAAAAAAUUACCUUUCCAUAUUCUUUGCUUUUAGUCUGAGCGUCUCUUUUGCACGUGGACUCAGGUGUGCUAUCAAGUACUGAUUACUUGAUGGAACCACAGAGACAGUGUUACAAAUCUUUUUUAUUUGCAUGCUGUUUGGUGGCUUUGUUCAAGCAUAUUAUCUGUAUGUGGGGGGAAAAAAACAAGGGUUGUGUCAGUUCACUAGAAAAGUCUUACUUGCAUAAAAAACUCUCAGCAUUUAAUACAGUGCUUGGCAUAUAGUUGGGAUUCAAUAAAUGUGGAAUGCAUGAACAAAUCAGCCAUUAUUAUUCACUGUUUUGAGGAUGAGGUAUGAGAUUUCUUUUAAAAAGACUAAGUGAAAUGCCCAGUGUCAGACAGCAGAAUAAGAGAGUAUCUGACACUCGUAACUCUUACCUCUGUGUUUCUAGACUGUUACGCAGGCUCACUGAGAAGUGCCUUAUAUGUCUGAUUUCUCAACUUCACCCUGCAGUAAACUUUUGCAAUCUGGAGGCUAGAGACCUCUUUUGUAAAUGUUGUCUGCCCGAAAUGCAUUGGCACCGAGGAGGCCUUAGCAGAUAAAGUGGAGGAACAUAUGGCUCCCAUCUGAAUACAAAUUGGUGGACAUAACGUGGUAAUUCAGCUGAGAUGUCCUCUAUAUUGUAAACUGAAAGAGUAUGAUUAGAGGUGUUUAUAAACGGCGUCUGAAUUUCCCCCCCACACCCCUCCCCACCCCCUUUCACUGUAGUUUUAUCGGCCUGAAUCAUAGCCAUCUAGCGUCCCAGUCUCACUGUGUUAUUUGUUAAAAUGGCCAGCGUGAGGAAUUAUUAAUUAAAGCUAACAAAUCACCCUGACGAGCUGUGCCCUGGCAUGGCUGAAGGUUGAUUGGCGAAAGUGUUCUCCUUUGGAGAAAAGACUUUUUGUGCUCGUGACGCAGUCAGGGACGGAUUACUGAAUAUGCAAGUUAGAAGAAAAAUCACAGGACAAGCAAAUUGAGUAUUUACUGGCAAAUAAUUGCUCUCUUAAGCUGUGGCUCUCUUCCUAAAUUCUUAACAUUCCCGAGGGUUAGAAAGAAACACAGAAAAAUGCAUCGGUACAGAGUACAUUUCAAAAAAAAUACAUAGGCUGAUGUUUCAGACUUGUGCAGAAUGUUUCACCAUCACUAACUGGAUAUUUCUCACAACAUUGCUGUCUGGCCUGGCCUCUCAUGACCAGAGACUGCUGACUCAUCCUGGCCUGUGCCAAGCUGUGCAGUCGCUUAGCGAUGUGGACAGGAGUCGAAGGACUAGAAUGAGAUCACUGAACUCAUUUCACUUGUUGCUUACGGUACAGUCCAGCAUGAGCUGGAAAUGUAGGAACCUCAGCCUCCCGAGCAGAAAGACACUCUGGAACACUGUGAACUCGACAAACUAAUCAGAGCAGGGAGCUUAGCAGCCAGGCCUGGACACUCUCAAGAGACUGUGCUGAUUCUCAGUCGACACUCCUUGGAUCAGGAACCACAGUCCUGCAGUGACUGGCACUUUUCCUCCACGCUUUGAGAGAAAGAGAAUUGGCUGGAAUAAAACCUUGCUUUCCAUAUGGUCGACUUGAAACAGCAUUGAAAAGUUCCUUGACCAUCAGUCUGUGGCCUGACCCUUCUCUUUCUAUGCAGCCGCUCUCUGUUCCCUGCCCCAAUGAACAUCUGCACUAGGCCCAAGCCUUGGAGUGAUUUACCUGAAGAGUGACACCAUUGAUUUGGAAACUACUAUGAGGAAACUGAAGCCCAGAGAGGUGAAGUGAGGUGCCCAAGGCCACACAGCAAGUUAGAGGCACAGCUAGUACCAUAGCUCAAGUCUCCUGACUCCCAGUCCAGUGCUCCUCCCAUUACUCCACGGGUCCUGUCUCUAAGCUUCCUGACAAAUGCUAGAACGGAAGAAACCCAAGACAGCUGAAAACCAGAAGGCAUCUGAGGAGAAUGAGAUUACUCAGCCGGGUGGAUCCAACGCCAAGCCGGGCCUUCCCUGCCUGAACUUUGAAGCUGUUUUGUCUCCAGACCCAGCCCUCAUCCACUCAACACAUUCACUGACAAACUCUCACGCUCACACCGGGUCAUCUGAUUGUGACAUCAGUUGCAAGGGGAUGACCGAGCGCAUUCACAGCAUCAACCUUCACAACUUCAGCAAUUCCGUGCUCGAGACCCUCAACGAGCAGCGCAACCGUGGCCACUUCUGUGACGUGACGGUGCGCAUCCACGGGAGCAUGCUGCGCGCACACCGCUGCGUGCUGGCAGCCGGCAGCCCCUUCUUCCAGGACAAGCUGCUGUUGGGCUACAGCGACAUCGAGAUCCCAUCUGUGGUGUCGGUGCAGUCGGUGCAAAAGCUCAUUGACUUCAUGUACAGCGGCGUGCUGCGCGUCUCGCAGUCGGAAGCCCUACAGAUCCUCACGGCCGCCAGCAUCCUGCAGAUCAAAACAGUCAUCGAUGAGUGCACGCGCAUCGUGUCGCAGAACGUGGGCGAUGUGUUCCCGGGGAUCCAGGACUCCGGCCAGGACACGCCACGGGGCACUCCCGAGUCAGGCACAUCGGGCCAGAGCAGCGACACUGAGUCGGGCUACCUGCAGAGCCACCCGCAGCACAGCGUGGACAGGAUCUACUCGGCACUCUACGCAUGCUCCAUGCAGAACGGCAGCGGUGAGCGCUCCUUCUACAGCGGUGCGGUGGUCAGCCACCACGAGACUGCACUCGGCCUGCCCCGUGACCACCACAUGGAAGACCCCAGCUGGAUUACGCGCAUCCAUGAGCGCUCGCAGCAGAUGGAGCGCUACCUGUCCACCACCCCCGAGACCACGCACUGCCGCAAACAGCCCCGGCCAGUGCGCAUCCAGACCCUGGUGGGCAACAUCCACAUUAAACAGGAGAUGGAGGAUGAUUACGACUACUAUGGGCAGCAAAGGGUGCAGAUCCUGGAGCGCAACGAAUCCGAGGAGUGCACGGAAGACACCGACCAGGCGGAGGGCACCGAGAGUGAGCCCAAGGGCGAGAGCUUCGACUCGGGCGUCAGUUCCUCCAUAGGCACCGAGCCUGACUCUGUGGAGCAGCAGUUCGGGCCGGGGGCAGCGCGGGAUGGCCAGGCCGAACCUGCCCAAGCCGAACAGGCCACAGAAGCUCCUGCUGAGGGCGGCCCGCAGCCGCACCAGCUAGAAACAGGUGCCUCCUCCCCGGAGAGAAGCAACGAGGUAGAGAUGGACAACACGGUCAUCACUGUCAGCAACAGCUCCGACAAGAGCGUCCUGCAGCAGCCUUCGGUCAACACGUCCAUUGGGCAGCCAUUGCCAAGUACCCAGCUCUACUUACGCCAGACAGAAACCCUCACCAGCAACUUGAGGAUGCCUCUGACCUUGACCAGCAACACACAGGUCAUUGGCACAGCCGGCAACACCUACCUGCCGGCCCUCUUCACUACCCAGCCCGCGGGCAGUGGCCCCAAGCCUUUCCUCUUCAGCCUGCCACAGCCCCUGGCAGGCCAGCAGACCCAGUUUGUGACAGUGUCCCAGCCCGGCCUGUCGACCUUUACUGCACAGCUGCCAGCGCCACAGCCCCUGGCCCCAUCCGCAGGCCACAGCACAGCCAGUGGGCAGGGCGAAAAAAAGCCUUAUGAGUGCACUCUCUGCAACAAGACUUUCACCGCCAAACAGAACUACGUCAAGCACAUGUUCGUACACACAGGUGAGAAGCCCCACCAAUGCAGCAUCUGUUGGCGCUCCUUCUCCUUAAAGGAUUACCUUAUCAAGCACAUGGUGACACACACAGGAGUGAGGGCAUACCAGUGCAGUAUCUGCAACAAGCGCUUCACCCAGAAAAGCUCUCUCAAUGUGCACAUGCGUCUCCACCGGGGGGAGAAGUCCUAUGAGUGCUACAUCUGCAAAAAGAAGUUCUCCCACAAGACCCUCCUGGAGCGACACGUGGCCCUGCACAGUGCCAGCAACGGGACCCCUCCCGCGGGAACACCCCCAGGUGCCCGCGCCGGCCCCCCGGGGGUGGUGGCCUGCACCGAGGGGACCACUUACGUCUGCUCCGUCUGUCCAGCAAAGUUUGACCAAAUCGAGCAGUUCAACGACCACAUGAGGAUGCACGUGUCUGACGGAUAAGUAGUUAUCUUUCUCUCUUUCUUAUGAACAAAACAAAACAACAAAAAAGAAACAAACAAACAAAAAAAGCUAUGGCACUAGAAUUUAAGAAAUGUUUUGGUUUCGUUUUUACUUUCUGUUUUUGUUUUUUGUUUCGUUUCAUUUUGUACUACAUGAAGAACUGUUUUUUGCCUGCUGGUACAUUACAUUUCCGGAGGCUCGGGUGAAUGAUAGUUUUCCCAGCCUCCCUCGGAUGGUGGCCUUAAGGCCUGGUAGUGCUUCAAGAGGUCCACUGGUUGGAUCUCUAGCUACUGGCCUCUAAAUACAACCCUUCUUUACAAAAAAAAAAAUCUUUAAAAAAAAAAAAAAGUAAAAAAAAAAAAUUUUUUUUUCACUUGUGAAGAGCACUACAAAAAAUCUAUAACAAAAUCUAAAAGGCCUACUGUCUUUAAGUACACCGCUUGCAGUGUUUCAGUGGACAUUUUCACAAUUCUGGCCGCUCGGACUUCACAGUAACCAGUUAAAACUGUGGAAUAUCGCUUCUGGUUGAAAACCCAGAGGAAAGGCCCUGCUGUUUUCCACCUACCACGUUGUCUGAUAUCAUAAAAGGGCUGGGGGGGGUGGGAACGGGCAGUGGGUCGGGUGGUGUGGGAAAGGCGAAUGGCAGGCUUCUCCCCCAGAUUCUGCUGAGUCCGCACCCCCUGGCCCACCUCCUUCAUAUCCCCCCUUUCAGCAGAAGCCAGGAAGACUUGGACAAGCAUCAAGCAACAGUGGCUAUCGUAUUUAUUCAGUGUCUUCGCUGAGCCACAGCCUCAGCACAAUCAAGAGGGACUUUCAUGAAAGGCAGGAAUGCAGAUAAAACAAAGAUAUCAGAGGUUUGCACCUACGUUUCUAGGUACAAGAGAAGGAUUAUUUCCAACAAUCUUUGCAAAAAAAAAAAACAAAAAAAAAAGUGUCAGGAUAUAUUCUUGUGGAAGAGAAAAAGAAAGAGAAAUGGAGGGUGGGGGGGAAUAAUAAAAAGUUCUUGAGGCUUUUUUAAUUCAAAAUUUUAUAGAGGGGCAAAAGUGACGUUUACCAGAUAGAAUGCUGAUUUUUUUAAUAUAUUUACGACAGUAUUUGUGUAAAAAAAAACAAAAAAAAAGUGAGAUUGUUAAAAGUAAUUUUUUUUUUCGUUUUGGUUUUGCAUACACUGCCACCGAUCCCUUCUCUUUUAUUUUAUUUCACACACAUAUAUAUAUUUUUUGGUAAGUCAAGACUGUUAAGGUUAGCGCUACUGCUUCCAGAUAGAAAGAAUAAAAGGCAAUUAAAGUUAUAUUUGAAAGAGAGGAAGGAUAUUUUCUUCAUAUUUUUUUUAAUUUUUCUUAAUUUUUAUUAUUUUAAGUAUUGCCUGGGUUGCUGAGGGCCUCUGUGGCCAGCCCAUCCCUGCUGUAAUUUGAACCUGCUGCUUUGUAUUUUGAUACGUAGUUCUUUGACUUUUAGCAAAGCGUUAAGUUGCUCCACUGAAUAUUUUUUUCAACUGAUCCAUCUAGAAUUCUGUUCUUUUUCAUGGGAGGACUUUAUCUUUCAGAAACAGAUUCCUUGCUUCUCUAUAAGUUCAUUGAGGUCUUAUGAUUCUAGAAUUUCUAUUGACUUUACUUCUUUUCUUUAAGGAAACGCUAGUAGUCUAGAGGCCGUGACAAAUGGGUUUUCCUUUUGUGGUCAGCCAGGAGGAGGAGUUCAGGCCUCCUCACCCUUCACAACUACAGAGAGCAGCGUUAUCAGAAGCCUGGUACAGAUCAGGAUGCCUUGAUGCCAAAAUUACUUUCUUCCUUUCAAAUGUCACCUUCUGACUAUUUCCACCAUGGUUGAGAGGGCUAAAUAAGAUGACCGUCCUUUAGAUGAUUUCUUAACCCUUGCUUUUGGGAAAGUUUUAAAGAAAUUAACAGAUAUUUCUCAGAUGGCAACAUCCAUCAUUCAAAAGGCCACCAGUCCAUUGCAUCAUCCUAGAUGCCACUCUCUCUUCCUAGUUGGGAUUUCUCUCCUCGGUCCUGAUCAAAGCAUCGUAAUAGGGAUUUUUCCAUUCUAGACAGUGUCCUGAAGGGAUUCCAUCUCAAAUAGAAGAAUUCUUAAGCCUAACAAAUAUUCCAAAGGUGAUUUUAUUGCUGGGCAUGUUUUAACACUCUUCAGGGGGGAAAAGGACAUCUUUAAACAAAGCAGAAACACCAAACCACAAUUUUAAAAAAGAAGCAAAGACAGUAUUUUAGUUUCAAAAUUGCUUUGCAUUUUAAUUCUCCUGUCAGCGACUUAUUUGCAAAAACUGCAACAAAUGAGAAGAAAUCUUCCAAGGGAAGCAACUCUGUAAUGGCAAAAAUGCUUUUACUCGUAUAUUUUAGAUAUUGGUUAACUCGGAUCUUUUCCAUAAGUUCUUGGUGAUGUUUAGUAGGAUUAGUGCAACUAGGGUAUAUGUGGGUUUUAUUUGGUCCUAUGGUCCUUUAUUCGGUAAAUAAUUUGCUAGAAGUUUAAUGUAGACUUGGAUGGUUAACUGAUGAGUGUCACUCAUCGUGAUUUCUAAGAGGAGUUCUAACAAGAGCUAUGUGUCCAAAAUUGACCUGUUUUAAAAGUUAGUGGGGAACAGCUUCAGAAAUAAGAUAAAGUCCAUUUUUCUCUUCUAAUUUUGCAUUUAAAAAUAGCAGUGUUGUUAAGACUCUAUAUUUCCACUUACUGCCAACAGAGGGAGCAUUAGUUAAUUAACCAUGUCAUGGAAUUGUUUUGAUCUCUUGAAAACAACUCAUUCAACCCAUGACAUAAAAAAGAAAAAAUUGACAUUAAGAAAAAAAGUUGUUUAAUCUGGAGGAAAAAUGACAUGAAAUCACUCAGCAUGUGCUACAAAGGAAGAAGCCAAAAGCCACUUCAAAAUUUUUUCAGUUAUUUGACAGUAGCUGACUUAAGUAAGAUAGUGUCCUUAUUCCAACCUUAGCAAAGUAGGCAGAAUUUACAAUACUUCUAGAAAAGUUGAUCUUGGGUGCCAUAGUGGGCCACAUUUAGCAAUCUGCUUCUUAAAUCAGAGGGAGACCCAUUUACCCUAAUGCUGAUUUGCCAUGUGAAAAUCUAAGCAAUUGGUUUAAAAUAAAAUCCACAUUUUGCUAUAGAACAUGUAGAGGGAAGAACUUCCACUUGGGUUUGAAACACUAAUAUUCAUCCCUUCCUUUCAAAUGAAGCAUCUCUUUUUUAAAAAUGUUGGAGAACUCCCCGAGAAUUCUUGGGGAGGUGAUGCAGUCAUUAUAACCACACGGACUCUCCAGGUUUGCAUAGCAGUCGACUUUUUCUUACUGUAUGUCUAUUCCUCCCAAACACUCAUAGUCUAAAAUAGUUGGCAGAUUUGUUCUCUGGAGAGAGGAAGAAGCUAGACUGCAGAUCUAAACUGGGGAGCCAUGAACUUGCUACGGGGUCAUUACUGAUCUCUUGAAAGGGCUACCUUCUAAACCGAUGUAAACUAGACUGUACCUAUUUCAAAAGGAUAGAGAUGCUUUUAGAUCGGCAAUCCUUACUUUUAAAUUAAAUAAUUCCCAACAUCUUAAGAAAUGGGGAAAACAUUUUGCUUCAAGAAUAGACGAUGAGCAUGAAUCCUUUAUUUUUUAGUUUCAAAUGCAACAAUCUUCUUACAUUUAGAACUUCAUGCUAGGAUGCUAUGAGUGCUAAAAAAAUUUUUUUUUCAGUAGUCAGGGGAAAAAAAUAGAUAAAAUGGAAGCAAAUGUUCCAGAUUUAAGACCUCUUAGGAUGAAUACAGGGAACAAGAACUGGUUUGGAAAAGAACAUUUUUUUUUAGUAAUUUAUGAUUUAAAAGUGGGUUAGCUGAACAAGGGAAAGGAAAAAAGUCAAAGGAGAAUAUUUAUCUCAUGACAUUAGAUAUAGUUAUGAAAAAUAAAAUUUCCCAGCACUGAAAACAUUGGUAGCAUCUCAGCAUAGAGGGCAAUAACUAUAAUAAAUGCCAAUAUUUGUUCCAAAAAAAAAA